AUGGACGUGGUGACAAGUCAAUACCUUUGCCAAAUCUACAUUUACUGCUAUGAGCAACUGUUGCAGUGGCACAUCCCGCUUCCUGAGCCGGAAACGGUGUUUGAUACCGUGCGAUGGUUAGCCCAAUUAGCGUGGGAACACUCACCAGACAUUAUUCAACGAUACUACAUGUGGCUGAUCGCGUUGCCAUUACAACCUAAUGUUCUGCCGGUCUUCCUGAUCUUGGUGAUUUUGUACACUUUGUUUUCCCUGGUGAUGUUCGCGAUACGGGGUCUAUUCCGAGUGGCUUAUGGUUUUUUGCGUUUCACUUUACUUGUUACUCUUUUGGUCACCUUAUUCCUCUUCACUCAACAAUACCUGUCCCCGACGGACACAACAGCAUGA